AUGGGUACGUGCACAUCAAAAGCAAAGAAAAACAAAGAAAAAUAUUUGAAAAAUGAUAUGACAAAUGGGGAUACUAAUAACAAUAAAAAAGAUUCAAUUGCUGAACAAACACAACAACCGCAAAGUUCAUCGGCUAAUGUUGAUCAUUUUGAUAAUGUUCCAUUUAUUGAUUCGGAAGAAAAACUAAAUACAACUGCUCAAUCACAAACAGCAUCAUCACCAUUAUCAAAAGAACAAUCCAUACCAACCGAUCAAGAUAAUGAUAAUGAUGAACGAACAACAGUAAAAACAAAUUUUGAAACAAAUGUUUCCUAUUCAAGUGCUGAAACAAUUGAUAAACUUAAACAAGAAGUUUAUACAUAUCUUCGUGACAAAAUAUUUCCAAUUAAUGAAGAAAAACAAAAACUUGUCGAUUAUGUACACAAACGAAUUAUUGGUAGUACUACACCAGAUAGUGCUGUAAUUGAUGACAGCCUCGAGGAAUGUUUCAAUAGUAUUAAACAACAUCAACAUCCUGAUAGUGAUAAUAAUGAUAAAGUAAAAAGGCGUUUAAUGAAUAUUGUAACAAUAUAUGUAGCAUCACAAUCAUCUGAUAAUUCAUUUUUGAAAGCACUCUAUGAUAAAAUGGGACCAUCACUGGAUCUCAAUUCAUUGAAUGCUGAAACCAAUGAACAUGAAGUUGUUAAUGUAACAGUAACAAAAACAGUGCGACAAGUUUUUGUUGAUGGUUCAUCAACAUUAAUUUCUAAUCCAACUACGAAAACUACAACAACAACAACAGCAGCUACAACAGAAAUACCCGAUAGUGUUAUUCAUAUAGCAAAUAAUGAACAUCACAUUCCUACUGAUUUGCCUGAUGAUAUCCGGCGUAAAGCAGAACAAGUAUUGAAUAGUUUUAAUGAUGUUAUUCAUACCAAACAAAAUUAA